AUGGGCCGCAAUGAUACUGUCACGACGGGUACAUGCAACAGUAAUUGUCCUAAAGGCAUGGUCAAGGUGACUCUGCAAUCCGAGAAUAACAACUGCAACAAGGGUACUUCGGCCUACUGUUGCGACAUCACAGCCUCUUACGAUUUCACUGAUAUCAAAGAUGAUGAUCUUGAGGUGUCGUUCAAGGAAUGGGCUAAGGAACCGACAUGUCCCAAUCUGGGUCCUCUCGCCGGGGAGAAGUUCUCAUCGCGCUCCAUGGAUAACGUGGCUUUUGAUGUUGGUGAGCAAUUGUCUGAACUGGUCGAGCGCGACGAUGCUCUUGUGGCCGUACCUUCUGCAAUUACCAUUGUACUGGCAUUCCAGAGGAUUAUGACAUCUCCACCAGGCUCUCGCAACACCAGGGAUCUCCAGGACCUGGUCAAAACGUAUAUCACCCCGAAGUGGGCACAUAUCACUGUGGCCUAUAUCGCGGGACUGUUGUGGGAGAUCAGAGACGAUGUCAAGACGACACUGAUAGCAGCCUGGAACUUCAUCUGCAAUAUUGAUGCAGAGGAGAAAGAAGCAAAACGGGUUGCAAACCUCCCAUCUAGCCACAGGUUCUGUCACAUACCGUCACUCAACACUUACGAUCCAGGAUCAUUGGAAGAUCCUCGCGGCAAGUCAAUUGCCACGGAGAUAUUUAGUCCUAUUGGCCCUAUUGGCGGUCCUGGUGACUUGAAGUUUCCGUUCAACGAGAUGAAAUGGUCAACAGAAUGGGUGAAGGACGACGCGCUUGAGAAGAGGGCGAAAACAUAA